AUGGUCCCCAUUGAAGAUGUAUUAUUAAUUAGCGCUAAAUCAGAAAUUAGCAAAGGUAUUCAAGCUGAUGUCAAAUCACAGAUUAUUACUAUCUAUGAUGACAACAAAAAUUGUUGUGAAAGUGUACUCAGUUGUUGUCGUAAAAUUCGUGAUCUAUGUUGCUUCUGUUGUACAAAAGAUAAUCAAGUUUCUUCUAUUGUUCGUAAUACGACAAUAACUUAUCAAGAUAACGAUUCGAAUCGAAAUAUAGACUAUGGAGAAGAACAUCUAGCUGUUCCAGAGGUGAAGGAAAAUUAUUGUAAUCGCUUUCGUUGUUGAAAAAGUAGACAUGCCCGUCAAUUUACUCAUACAUCACAUCACACAAGUCGAUGUAAAUAUGAUAGUACAGUAUGUAACCAAUUAACAAAUUCCGAACAUGGUCGUACUUAUCGACAUAAAGGUCUAUCUGAUUUUCUAAUACAAUAUAAAUAUAAAGCUAUUCAAAAUAUGCCUUCUGAUGCUAUAAUUAUCGUGCUAGGUAAAGUUAUGCACAUGAUGUCACAUUUUUAUUUACAACGUUCUGGAAUUCUUGAUACUCGUCAUCAAAUGUCAGAUGAACAACUUGUAAUUAAUGUGGAAGUAUUAUCAACUGUUACAAAUCAAGGUCCACAGUGA